UGCUGCCCUGUUGUUUUCUCCUAACGGGUUUCAAAUUUUCUGCCAGAAUGAAGUCCCCAGGGCCAAGCCGAUGGCGAUUCAUCAUCUACGGCAGCUUCUUCAUUGUUUUACUUUGCAUCUACCAUUCAAUCAGCGAGUGCAUUUCUGGAAAUACCUCACCGAAUACAAUCCUGACCACCACAACCAUCCACGUGUACCCUUCCGAAAUCCCCAAAAAACCCCUGCGAAAAAUCCAAUUCCCACUCAACUGCACGUCCGGCAACCUCACCCGAAUUUGCCCGGCGAACUAUUACCCGACGAACUUCCUCCACUCCCAAGAUGAUCGGGACCAUCCCCCGCCCGCUGUGUGUCCUGAUUACUUCCGCUGGAUCCACGAGGAUCUUCGGCCGUGGAAGGAGACGGGGAUCACGAGGGACGCGGUGGAGAGUGGUCGGAAGACGGCACACUUCAGGCUGGUGAUAGUCGAGGGGAGGGCUUACGUGGAGAAAUACAGGAGGGCAGUUCACAACAGGGAUUUUUAUACCCUGUGGGGAAUUCUACAGUUGCUACGGAGGUACCCCGGGAAGAUACCGGAUCUGGACCUCAUGUUCAAUUGGGCGGACACGCCGGUUGUCAAAUCGGUGGAUUACAGUGGGCCCAAUGCAACGGCCCCGCCUCCCUUGUUCCGGUAUUGCGGAGAUGAUGCCACGUUGGAGAUUGUUUUUCCUGAUUGGACGUUUUGGGGAUGGCCAGAGACAAAUAUAAAGCCAUGGGAGGAAUUUUUAGAGGAUCUAAAAGAAGGAGAAAAGAGAUGGAUGGAUAAGGAGGCUUAUGCAUACUGGAAAGGCAACCCGACGCUUGCUCCAACUAGAAGGGAUCUCGCCAAAUGUAAUGUCUCUCACAAACAGGACUGGGGGGUUCGCUUGUACAAACAGGAUUGGAAUAAAGAAAAAAAGGAAGGGUUCAAGCAAUCAAACCUGGCCAGCCAGUGUAUGCACAGGUAUAAGAUAUACAUUGAAGGAGUCGGAUGGUCAGUGAGUGAGAAAUACAUUCUUGCAUGUAAUUCUGUUACCUUACUGGUAAAGCCACGUUACUAUGAUUUCUUCUCGAGAGGCUUGAUGCCGAUGCACCACUAUUGGCCCAUAAAUGAGGACGACAAGUGCAGAUCUCUUAAGUUUGCCGUUGAAUGGGGCAACAGCCACAAGCAAAAGGCACAAGAAAUUGGGAAGGCGGGAAGUGACUUCACUCAAGAGGAUUUGAAGAUGGAUUACGUUUAUGACUACAUGUUUCAUCUCUUGAGUGAAUAUGCCAAACUCAUGAGAUACAAGCCCACUAUACCUGAAAGAGCAAUUGAAAUCUGUUCGGAGACAUUGGCUUGUCUUGUGAUAGGAUCACAGAAGAAGUUUAUGAUGGAAUCGAUGGUGAAGGGUCCGACAGACGUGAGCCCAUGCAACAUGCCUCCUCCAUAUGAUGCUCUUGCUCUUCGUACGCUUCUCAAAAGGAAAGCAAAUUCAAUUAGCCAAGUAGAGUUGUGGGAGAAGAGAUACUGGGAGAAUCAAACUAAACAUAACUAGUCAGGUUCCUUAGUAUAUUCAUCGUUCGGUAUAAUUCAUUCAUGGGUACUCUAUCCCUCAAUUUCUAGGUAAAUAAUGUGUAACCAGUGAUCAAUUUCUUAUCAUUUCUCACCAUAUGGAUCACACUCGCGGUUGCUAUGGGAUCAAGAAGUGGCUCGAGAAGCUACAUUAAAGUCAUGGAUCGGAGUUAGGUUGAGCUAUUGGAGUUAGUUUAUAUUCCUCUUUUGUAAGCACUUGUAAACCUUUUUAUCUAUAGCGAAUUUGGUAGA